CCUUUUUGGACCUUUACCACCAUGAAUCCACCUAGUCACCUUCUCCCGCACCAGCAGCCGAUAGACAUGUCUCUCCUCAGUUUUUCGCUGGGAAAGGCAUUGAAGAACGGCAAACGCACGGACCAGGCAUGCAUUUCCUAUUCUAGACGUGAUAAGGUCGGGUGCGACGGGAACAGACCUUGUGGCGUAUGCACGAAGAAGGGAUAUGCACCAGACCAAUGUGUGACGGGCUGUGGACCUUGUAGGAAGGCGAGGGUGCGGUGUGAAGAUGGAGCGCCAUGCCAACGCUGCCGGGAGAUGGGUCUACCUUGCGUCGAUGCUAAUGCAGAUGCACGGCGAAGCAUUCAACAGAACUCCCUUCCGUCUAGGAGCACCCGACCGAAUGGUAGGGAACGGGUCAAGCUCGCGUGCGAAGCGUGUCGUAAGGACAAUAAGAAGUGCGACGAGCAACGGCCUUGUGGGCGCUGCGUAAUCCGAAAGAAGGAAUGUGUAAUGUUGGAGCGAGGGCCCAAAUCAACCAAGCCGUGUGGCCCGUGUCGAAAUGCUAAUGAAGAUUGUAUCAACACAAAGAGGCAGGGUGGUCAUGGGCAUCGAGUCAAGCAGGUAGGUUGGAGAUUACUUGCUAGUACUUUAGAGCUGAUGGAGAUGUUAGGCGAGAUAAGAUACGUUGUAACGGUGAACGGUAGGCUACUCUCAGCUGUCAGUAACGCAACGUAUCUCAUUAACUUUGUUGUAGACCUUGCACACAUUGCGACCGUAAGAAUUAUGUGUGCGUUGACCGAGCAUGUAAAUCAUGUUCUUCCGCCGGAUACCCUCAUCUAUGUAAUCACCGAGCCGAAGAUUCCCGUUCGCAUGGAUAUUGGUAUGUGCAUUCAGCCUUUGUGUACUCUCAUGUCGUCGCUAAUGGUUGAUUUAACAGAUUCAAGACGCUCAUCGUCCGAUUCUGUUCAACCAGUAGAACAACUCAUAAUGGAACAACAACCGCCGCAAACAUCUAUGUUCCCUGAUCCUUAUUUCUUUCCGCCUGAACAGUCUUCCAUGGGACUGAACCCGAUCUACGAGAACAGCGCAUCAGCUUAUUACCCUGUCAUUGACCCCAAUUUGGAUAGGCCAAGCUUAGUGAUAUCAUCAUCAGGCCUCACUGAACAUUUGUAGUUCGACUGCUUUCUCUAUCUAUAUAUUGUAUACCCUUGUGCCACCAACAGUGAUUCCCUCAGCUAGUUUGUAAUAAUACGCUAUGUACUAUUCUUACGGUGAGCGGUGAAUCAUCUGCUCAGUGGCGUAUCAUCACUCAAUUCUUACUGUAGAGAUCUGAUCGUCUUUGUAAUUCUGCCAUACCUGCCGCUACUUCUUGUAUGGGUGUUUGUGAAAGCCCUGUCAUUCGUACUCUUACGAGUUACCAUAUUCUAAAGAGACCAUGGUGGUUUUGUGUUAUAUACAGUUUCCAUUGUACUAUUAUGUUUUCCAGACUUUCA